AGCGGCGGGGCGGCUCCUUGACCCAAAGGAGAGAGAUUUUAAAGACGGGGGUCGAAGAAACGGCAGGGGCGGCAAAUCAGGACCUCGGAGCGGGAGACCUUAGUUUAAACCGUUUUAAGAAUAGUCCAGAAAUCUGUACUGAUUCUCGUACCGUCUGUGAAAGAGAGGGGCGAGAAUAAGACGACGGGGUGGAAGCGAGGAGGACAGGCGAAAUCCGACGAAGGAACCAAGGGGAACAGAAAAAAAGACGAGAGAGAGAUAGGAGGAAGGAAAGAAGGAAGUAGAAAAAGGUAAUUUCUAGCCACUUUUAAAGGAAUAACAAAGCUGCGCAUACAGUAAAGAGCAGAUCGAUAAAGCGGGGAGAACUGAAAAAUAGAAAAGUCAGAAGAGGAGGAGGGUGGCGGCGGUGUCCUCCACGCAGUAGAAGAAAAUAACUUUAAAACAGGAAAGCAAGGAGAGAGAAAGAUAAAUACAGAUUCCAGCGCUGUGUAGGAAAGGCCUGAGUCUUCCUUCUUCUCCCCAUGGCGGCCCCGACGGGAGUGGAGCAAUUUGCCGAGGACCUGAUCUGCUCCAUCUGCCUGGAGCUCUUCCAGGACCCCGUGAUGCUGGAAUGCGGGCACAACUAUUGCCAGCCUUGCAUCGCCCGCUACUGGGCAGAGGUGCCAGGCGGCGGCGGGGGAAGCAGCAGUAGUAGCAGCAGCAGCAGCAGCAGCAGCAGCGACGGCGAGGACGCGCCUCUGCCCACAUGCCCGGAGUGCCGCCGGGAGAUCCCGGGGGGCAAAUUCACGGCCAACCGCGUCCUGGGCCAGCUGGCACGGAAGACCCUGGAGACCCUGUCCGCCCGGGCGAGCGACGAUGAUGCCGAGCCCGACGGGCUGCUGGACGACGAAGUGCAGGGCGAGCUGCUCUUCUGCGCUGACGACGGCUGCCUGGUGAGGGCGCUGCAGCCGGAUCACUGGGGGCACCAGUGCAUCCCUUUGGACGGGGCUGUGGAGCGCUACAAGGAGGUCCUAACAGCUGCUCAGGCGAUGCUGGAAUCCAGAGCCCAAGCGGCGAAAACGCUGCAAGAGCAGAGCGCCCAGAAAUUUCCGGAAAUCUCUGCCCAGCGCCUCCGCCUGGAGCAGCAUCUCUCCGCCCAGUUCACGGAGCUCCACCAGUGGCUUCAGGAGAAGGAGGCAGCGAUGAGGAGGGAGAUCCGGCGCGAGGAAGAGCUCCUCCUCAGCGAGCUGGAAAGGAACCAGCGCAACGGGCAGGAGCAAGUCCGCGCGGCUGAGGAACAAGUGGCGAAGAUCCAGGCCCGCCUGGAGGAGCAGCUGGACCCCGAAGCCUUCCUUAAGGACAUUAAAGCCUUCACAGAAAAAUAUUGCCCUAGUGAUGACAAAGGAUCCACACUGCCUGUGGUCGCCCGUGAGUUCAGCCUGGGCCAGUUUAAGGGCCCCAUUCAGUACAUGGUGUGGAAGGAGAUGCUGCCAGCUCUGAGACCUUCUCCCUGUCAAAUCACCUUGGAUCCUGCCACCAACCACCCCAACCUUGUGCUCUCCAAGGACCUUGAUAGCGUUCGUCUUGAAGACAACCCUGAGGACGAGGUCCCUGAUGGGCCUGAGAGGUUCAGCAAGUGUGUGUGUGUGCUGGGCGCUCAGGGAUUUACCUCAGGACGCCAUUACUGGGAAGUAGAGGUGAGGAAUAAAACCAGCUGGGACAUUGGCGUGGCCAAGGAGUCCGUCAACAGGAAGGAAGCCAAAGUGAAAGUCAAGCCCAGCAAUGGAUUCUGGGCCAUCUGGCUGAGGAACGGUAGUGAAUACAAGGCCCUCGAGUCUCCCCCCAAGUUGCUGUCCCUCAAGGCCAAGCCCCAGAAAGUCGGGGUCUACCUGGACUACGAAGCGGGGCAGGUCUCCUUCUACGAUGCCGACACCAUGCUCCACAUCUACACCUUUUCGGACAUCUUCUCCGAGCGCCUCUACCCCAUGUUCAGCCCUGGAGUCAACAAAGACGGGCUCAACGGCGAAGCCCUCCACCUCCUGUCCCCGCGGGCAUAGCAAGGGCCGUACCUGGAAGUCCCAUCAAGCCCCACCAGGACCCUGUUUCGUUUGCAAAUGGUCUUAAUUUAUGUCGAGUUGCUGGAUUAGAGUGGUCUUAAACCAGGUGGUGCCUGGCUGGGAAACCAUUGGCACCCCAUGCAAAGUUGCUCUGAGCUUCCCAAUGAAAGAAUGAGCACAGUUCAAAGUGUUGGUGCUGACCUUUAAAGCCCUAAACAGCCUCAGCCCAGUAUACCUGAAGGAGUGUCUCCACCCCCAUUGCCCAGACUGGACACUGAGGUCCAGCUCCGCGGCCUUCUGGCGGUUCGCUCACUGCAAAAAGUGAGGUUACAGGGAACCAGGCAGAGAGCCUUCUCGGUAGUGGAAUGCCCUUCCACCAGAUGUCAAAGAAAUAAACAACCAUCUGACUUUUAGAAGACAUCUGAAGGCAGCCCUGUUUAGGGAAGUUUUUUAAUGUUUGAUGUUUUAUUGCUCUAUUAUUAUUAUUAUUAUUAUUAUUAUUAUUAUUAUUAUUAUUAUUAUUAUUAUUUUAUGCUGGGAGCUGCCCAGAGUGGCUGGGGAAACCCAGCCAGAUGGGUGGGGUAUAAAUAAUAAAUUAUUAUUAUAAAAGUACAAUAGGAACUUGCAUUGUUCUGUGGUGCAUCAGAACCUGGGGUUGGCACAGAUAAGGAUCAGGAUAAGGAUCAGGGCCAGCUCUAGGUAGCCCCCCGGUGGCGCGGUGCUUCGCCGCGCGGAAACCAUGCUGUGCCCUGCAAGGGCGGGGGCGCUGGAGCGAUCUCCGCCCCUCAGCACCAGGGUGCGCGACCUGCUCGAGAUGACCCUGAUAAGGAUAGUUAUAUAGGAGAAGGGAGGGAGGGCAGAAAAGAGACUUGAAACUAAAUGAUGAAGUUUUGGACAAUGUAAAAUGACAACUGACCUACAGACAUGUUUUAGAAGCCAUACAUCCGCAAUUUUGACUGAAGGGGUAGAGCAGCCAGAAGCUAAAUGUUUCGGUUCUGAAAUGGGAACAACAGACUGUCAGAUUUAGAGACGCCAACUCCUACUUUAGGAGACACAGACUCCUACUUUAGCAAAGAGGGGGAACUUCUGAAUGUACAUGCAGGACACAUUAAAGCCACAUGACCUCAGCCUGCAGAGGGCAGCACCAACAUCCCGUAGCUUCAGCGAACGAUGCCUUUCUGAACAUCUCCAUAACUGCCACAUUGACAACAGCAACAUUUCAUUUUUAUUGGAGCAACAGAGGAAGGCAGAAGUUGAAACAUUUUGCCAUGGGAAUAAAAGGUUUCCUGUUAAUCACAGUGAGUGCUGUGU